AUGACACUAAAGGUUUCAGCUCCUGAUGGCGUCAAGGUGUACCACAUCACCAGCGGCAAGACGCUGCCGCAAUGGCUGGCCGAGAGCAAAAAGAAGUCGCUCAAAAAGGACGAGGCAUACCGCCGGCGGCUGGAGCUCAUCCAGGACUUCGGCUUCAGGUCGGCCGCCCAACGGAUCAAAAUAACACCCGACCGCAACUACAUCUUCGCCUCGGGGUACCACCCCUUCUCGGUCCGCUGUUUUGAUCUGGCCAACUUGUCGAUGAAGUUCGAGAGGAAUCUCGAUGCUGAGGUGGUUGACUUUUGUGUGCUGUCCGAGGACUUCUCCAAAUUGGCGUUUCUUUGUUCGGACCGGUCCAUCUCGUUCCAUGCUAGAUUUGGCUCCUACUACCGCACUCGAGUUCCCAAAUUCGGUCGGGAUCUGGCCUACUUCCCCCCCACUGCCGAGCUGCUGGUGGUGGGGUCGGCGCCCGAGGUAUACCGCCUCAACCUGCAGGAGGGCCGGUUCAUGAGCCCACUGACCACCACCUCCCCAGCCGUGAACACAUGCGGCAUCUCCCCGGCGCACGGUUUGUUCGCGUGUGGGGGGGAGGACGGGCAGCUGGAGUGUUUCGAUUUGCGGCAGAGGGAGGCGGUGGGGCUGCUGGAUGCGGCGGCGGCGGCGGGAGCACCCGGCGAGCAGCUAACCGCGCUGCGCUUCGAUGACGGUGGCUUGCACGUGGCGGUUGGUACGUCUAACGGUAUUGUGGCGCUGUACGACCUGCGGUCGCAACGGCCGCUGGUGGUCAAGGAUCAUAUGUACGGCAGCCGUAUCGUGGACAUCAAGUUCCAUUCGUACGGCGCUGACACGGCCACGUCGGGUGGCCGGCGAGUCAUCUCCGCCGAUCGCCACAUUGUCAAGGUUUGGGAUAUCAACACGGGAGAGGGCUACACCAGUGUCGAGCCCGAGGAGGGCGACAUCAACGACGUGUGUGUGUGGCCUGACUCGGGCCUCAUCAUGGUGGCCAACGACACUCCCCACAUGCACGGCUACUUCGUGCCCUCCCUCGGACCCGCACCCCGCUGGUGCUCGCACCUGGAGGGGCUGACGGAGGAGCUGGCGGAGGCGGCGCCGACGGUGUACGACGACUACCGCUUCGUGACGCGCGCGGAUCUGAGCCGGCUGGGUCUAGAUCACUUACUGGGCACCAGUUUCCUACGAGCUUACAUGCACGGGUUUUUCGUGGAUAACAGGCUGUACGCCAAGGCCAAGGCCCUUAUGGACCCCUUCGCGUACGAGACCUACCGACAGCAGCGCAUCGCCAAGAAGCUGGAAGACGAACGCAAGGCCAGGAUCUCCAUUGUCAAGAAACUGCCAAAGGUGAAUACGAAGGUGGCGGCACGACUAAUGGCCGAGAGCGCCGCCGCCGCCACCGCCGCUGCGGGAGGCGAAGCCGCUGCCGCCGCCGCCCCGUCCAAGGCCAGUCAGCGCGGCGCUGUCGCCAACCCGCUGGCUGACCCCCGCUUCGUCGCCAUGUUCGAGGACCCCGACUUCACGAUUGACGAGGAGGCGGAGGAGUACCGAUUAUUGCACCCCAAUGCGGCUCGGGAGAAGAAGGCGCAGGACGAUCUCAUUAGAGAGCAUUUCCAGGAGGUGCUAUCAGGCUCUGAAGACGGCGACGACGAUGAAGAGGACCAUGGCGACGGCGACAGCUUGGACGAGAUGGACGAGCAGCCCGCUGAAGCGCGCGCUCGUCCCGUCGCCGCCAAGAAGUCCAACAGCAAACGGCUACCCGAGCGGCGGACGGAGGAGGGGCCGGCGGCGAAGCGAUCCAAGACGGCGCCUGGCGGCGGCGGCGCCACCGCCGCCACCGCGGAGGCGUUCCGACGCGGGGAGUCUCUGGCGGAGAAGCUCAACCAGCCACUGGCGGAUCGUCUGGCGGCGGAACCGACGGCGGCGCCGUCACGGCGGCUGGGCGGCAGCCGGGAGGUGUCGUUUGUCCCGCGUGGCGGUGGCGGUGGCGGCCGGGGUUUCGGCGGGAGGGGCCGAGGCGGGCUAGUGCGAGGGACUCGAGAUGGGGAUGGAGAUGCGGGUGGGGGAGAGUGCUUCGGCGGUCGUUCCUGA